CAAGCUGCACCGGGCGCAGAGGUCCCGGAUGUCUACCGCGCCGGAAGAGAAGACAGCCUCUUUCCCAGCCAUCUUUUGGCUUCACUAGCAAGCGAGCUCCGCGCUCCAGGCCUCGUAGAAUCGGAGGACAUCCACCUCUCUAGGGGCCAUCAUGCCCGGACACCUGCAGGAAGGCUUCGGCUGCGUCGUUACCAAUCGUUUCGACCAGUUAUUCGACGACGAAUCGGACCCGUUCGAGGUUCUGAAGGCGGCGACGGAGAACAAGAAGAAGGAGGGAGCGGGGGCGCCCGGGGCCCAAGGAGCGGCCAAGACCGCGGCCCAGGCCGCCAAGCAGCCCAAGAAGGAGUCGCAGAAAGACCGCAGGAACCCGCUGCCCGAGAAGAAGGAGGAGGUGGCGCCCCCUGUGGCCCUGAAGAAGGAAGGGAUCAGAAGAGUUGGCAGAAGGCCCGACCAGCAACAGCAGCCGCCCCAGCAGCAGCAGCAGUCCUCACAGGCCCCACAGGGCGAAGGGAAGCCCACCGACAGAAGACCCGUCGAGAGGCGGCCACCCCGUGAACGACGCUUUGACAAGCCGGCCGAAGAGAAGGGUGAAGCAGGGGAAUUCUCUGUGGACAGGCCCCUCGGAGGAGAGAGGCCACCUCGUGGUCGCGGCGGCCCCGGCGGAAGAGGCGGGCGCGGCGGCCGUGGACGCGGUAUUGGCAGGGGCGAUGGCUUUGACUCCCGUGGCAAACGUGAAUUUGACAGACACAGUGGCAGCGACCGAGCUUCUUCACAUUUCAGUGGCCCGAAACAUGAGGACAAGAGGGGCGGCAGCGGAUCCCACAACUGGGGAACUGUAAAGGAUGAACUGAGCGAACUGGACCAGUCAACUGCGACCGAGGAGACGCCUGAAACCGAAGAACAACCCACCGCCGACUCUGAGAACAAGGAGAAUGAGGUUGAGGAGGUGAAGGAAGAGGGACCCAAGGAAAUGACCCUGGACGAAUGGAAGGCCAUGCAAGACAAAGAGCGCGCAAAAGUUGAGUUCAACAUCCGGAAACCAAACGAAGGCGCUGACGGCCAAUGGAAGAAGGGCUUCGUCCUCCACAAGGCUAAGAGUGAAGAGGUCGAUGGAACCAACCUCCUGUGGAGCGCCCGUGGAGGAUUCGCAGAGACCGGCUUAUCAGUUCACGCAGAGACUGAAGGUUUGGAUCACCAUUUCCGCAAGCCUGCGAAUGACAUCACUUCCCAACUUGAGAUCAAUUUCGGAGACCUUGGACGCCCUGGCCGCGGACGUGGCGGCGGAAGGGGAGGCCGCGGACGCGGUGGAAGGCCCAGUCGUGGGGGUAGAACUGACAAGUCAAGCGUCUCGGCUCCUGACGUAGAUGACCCCGAGGCUUUCCCAGCUCUGUCGUAAACUGGAUGAGUUAAAAAAAAAAAGUUCCCAUCCUGGCGCCCAUGUGGCCCCUCCCUUCUACGAGGCUUGCAUGCUUAAGGAUCCUUAAAAACAACAACAACAAAACAAAACAAAAAAAAUUAAAGACUGUCGAUCAUACCAUUCACACCUAUGGACUGAAUUUUAUCUGUUUUAAAAGAAACAAAAAAAAAAAUGGACUUCUCUCGCUACACAGAAGCAACCAUACGGUAGUUCAGUUUUGUAUUUAGAUACGUACUGGUAGCAGGGACGUUUUCAUAAUUUUUCCAGAGAUUAUGCAUUCUUCAUGGAUACUUUUUUGUAUGGCUGCUUGAAAAUAUGCGUUUCCAAACUUGAAAUAUAGGUGUGAAAAGUGUGUACCAGUUAAAGAUUUUACUUCAUCUGUGUUUUUAUUCUCUUCAAAUAUUUUAUUUCAUUUUAUUUUUUUUCAAUUUAAAAUUAGGUUGUGUAUAAGCCAUGCACGCUGCUUAGCUUUUAAAAACUUUAAAUGUUUUUUAUUUUUAUUUUUUUGCUUAAAUUUUAUUUUAUUUAAUACCUAAUUUCAAUUUGGAAAGGAAUGCAGCGGUGAUGGUGGUUGAUUUUUUUUUGUUUUUUUGUUUUUUUUAGGCUUAUAAAAAAAAAAAUAAUAAUUAUGAAAUUUUAGGGUACUGAGCACCCCAUCGCCAGUGUUUACAAGCAGUCUACUGGAAUUUUACCUAUAUACUUUAUUUUUUAUUUUUAUUUUAGUCAGUCCCGUAAAAUUAUAAUUUUUUUAUUUUUUAUGUCCAAGCGCACAAUAGCUUUAAAUCCUAAAUGUGGAAUGUGCAGCUGAAUUUCCUGUUUUGGGGAAGUGUGGGGGGGACUGUAGUAUAUAUUUUAUUUUUUUAAAUACACAUGAAGAAAAACCAAGUCCAAAGCCGUGAUCCUCACUCAACCUGUGGCUCUCCCAGUUGUUUCAAAACUACAACUCCCAGCAUGCCCUGCCAGUUGUCGAGGGCCAAGUUGCUGUGUUGUCCAACCUGUGCAUCUCUAGCUGUUGCAAAAACUACAACUCCCAGCAUGCACGGACAGCCUUUUGAUGGCCAUGUUGCAGUGUUUUCCGACCACUGACUCCCCAGUUGUUGCAAAACUAUGAUUUCCGUCAUGCCCUGAGAGCCGUAUGCUGUCAGUGCAUGCUGGGAGUUGUAGUUAUGCAACCGUUGAAAAGCCAAAGGAUAUUAGGGCAUGCCGGUACUUUGAGGUUUUUGCAACAGCUGGAGAUGCGUGGGUUAGACAACACUGCGGUAUGGCCACUGAUAUCUGUCAGGGCAUCCUGGGAGUUUAGUUGUGCAACAGGUUAAAGGGGUACUCCGGUGAAAACUUUUUAUUUUUUUUUAUCAACUGAUGCCAGAAAGUUACAGAUUUGUAAAUUACUUCUAUUAAAAAAAUCUUAAUCCUUCCAGUAAUUAAUUUCUUUUUGAAACACAGAGCUCUCUGCUGACAUCACGAGCACAGUGCUCUCUGCUGACACCUCUGUCCAUUUUAGGAACUGUCCAGACCAGCAUAUGUUUUCUAUGGGGAUUUUGUCCAGAGUAGGAGAAAACAUAUGCUGCUCUGGACAGUUCCUAAAAUGGACAGAGAUGUCAGCAGAGAGCACUUGUGUUCCAAAAAGAAAAGAAUUUCCUCUGUAGUAUUCAGCAGCUAAUAAGUACUGGAAGGAUUAAGAUUUUUUAAUAGAAGUCAUUUUACAAAUCUGUUUAACUUUCUGGCACCAGUUUAUUAAAAAAAAAAAAAAAAAAGAGAAAUAAAAAAAUUCCACCGGAGUACCCCUUUAACUGCUGCAGAUUGGGGAUCGCUGGUGUAAAGUAUAAUCUGGUCAUUUGCUGCAACCCUUGUAUUAGGAAGAAGCAUUUUAUAUAUGGCACUGAAGAGGCUUUUUUUUUUUUUUUAGGUCACUGACUCUUUGCAAUCUUGGGUGAAGCAAAAUGACCCCCCCCCCCCCCUCCCUCUAAUCUUCACCCCCAAAAAUUGUCAUAAUUUUUCAGCUUCUCAGUUUCACUGGUUGACAAAUGAAUGUUCCUCCUCAUCCAGGGGAAGCUAUACAAAUUCCGCUCCCUUUUUAUAUUUUUUUCAUUUUAUUUUAUUUUAAUUUUUUAGAUUAUUUAAAUUGCUAAUUUUAAAGGGGGGGGGGGGAGGGGUGUUUAAAAAAAAUAAAUAAAAAAAAUGACCACUUCAAAAACAGACAAAAAAAAAACAAAAAAAAGGACACGAAAGAAAAACACAAAUAAAUAAAUACUCAAAAAAAAAAAAAAUACUCAAAAAAAGAAUAAAAAAAAUAAAAAUGUUGUCUACAGUGUUUGUUAGGAUGAGACUCCUAUUUAAAUAUUCUUUUUACACUUCUUAGCAGGCUAUAAAAAUUUGUAGGUUUAGGUUCUUAUCCGCAUAGUUUAAGUAAAAAAAAAAAUGCAACAAAAAAAAAAAAUACAGAUAUUAUCGCCCUAUUUUUAUAUAAGCUGUACAGUCGACAAAAGUAUCCAGAACCGGCAAGCAAGAACGAUGAGCGCGAUCGGUAACGUUCCGGUGCCCCCCCCCUCCCCUCCGUCUUGCUUUGGUUUUGUACUUUUCCGGAAUCGCCCGGUGGUUCCAGCGCUGGCAGAUUCAGUGGUAAUUUUUUUAUUCUUCUGGCUGUUAUGAGAUUUAUUUUCUAGGAGAUUUUAAUUUUACUAUGAGGCUACAAACCAGAAGUAUUAGAGGAGACGAGCCUGCGCCGUACAGGGGGCGCUGUUCACUCCCUAUAAAAUGCCUUUGCAUGAUAGGUGGGGGCUUUUUCUAGGGGGUUUCAGGUUGCCCCCACCCAGAGUAAGUGAUUUUGGUCACUGUCAAGAACUUGAUAGUUGUUCUUGAAUGGGAAUUCCAACCAGGGUGCCUCCAGCUGUUGCAAAACUACAACUCCCAGCAUGCCCGGACAGCCUUUGGCUGUCCGGGCAUGCUGGGAGUUGUAGUUUUGCAACAGCUGGAGGCGCCUUUUUAAAGGGAAAAUGUCAGCAAGUUGAAGACUCUUACCUUCUCAUAUGGUCUAUGGAAGUGUUUCCCAACCAGGGUGCCUCCAGCUGUUGCAAAACGACAUCUCCCAGCAUGCCCGGACAGCCAAAGGCUUUACAGGCAUGCUGGGAGUUGUAGUUUUGCAACAGCUGGAGGCACCUUGUUUCGGAAACACUGGUCUAGGGGCACUUGAUUAAAAGGGGUGUCCUGAAAUACAGAAAAAAAGCAUUGUUUUAUUUUUUCCCUUUUUCUGAGAACAGCACCACCCCUGUCCUCAGGUAGUGUGUGGUAUUACAACUUGGCUCCAUUCACUCUUUCAUUAUUUUUCAACCAGGGUGCCUCCAGCUGUUGCAAAACUAUAACUCUCAGCAUGCGUGGGCAGCCUUUGGCUGUCCAGGCAUGUUGGGAGUUUUAGUUUUGCAACAGCUGGAGGCACCCUGGUUGGGGGAAACACUGCUCUGAUUGAACAAAGCUGCAAUAUGUCACUCAAACUGAGGUCAGAUGUAGCGUUGUUUUUAGAAAAAAAAAAGUAGCUGAUUAUGACUUUUUUUUUUCUAACAAUAGCGCCACCCGUAUCCUCAGGUUGUGUGCGGUAUUACACAUUUUCCCCCUGUCUUUGGCUCCUUCCUGUUCUAAUACAGGAUAAUCCCUUUACACAAAACACCAUUAUUAACCCUCCUCUUCUUUGUUUUUGUGUAUUAUAAAUUUUUAGAAUUAUGGUAAUAAGGGAGUUGUUUGACCCCCAGGACCGUUGUUUCCCAACCAGGGUGCUUUCCCAUGUUGCAGAACUACAACUCCCAGCAUGCUGGGAGUUGUAGUUUUGCAACAUCUGUGCAGCUAGGGUAAAAGUAAUGCGUUUUAAUAAAAAUAUGUACCCAAAACUGUGACAGCCGAUAAUAAAAGUGUGCCUUUAAUCAUUGUCCCCUGCCCUAUUGGCCUAUAUUCCGAGUAGAGAUGAGCGAAUGUACAGUAAAUUCGAUUCGUCACGAACUUCUCGGCUCGGCAGUUGAUGACUUAUCCUGCAUUAAUUAGUUCAGCUUUCAGGUGCUCCCGUGGGCUGGAAAAGGUGGAUACAGUCCUAGGAGACUCUUUCCACCCCACCGGAGCACCUGAAAGCUCAACUAAUUAAUGCAGGAUAACACAUCAACUGCUGAGCCGAGAAGUUCGUGACGAAUCGAAUUUACUGUAAAUUCGCUCAAACCUGCGUCUUCAAACCUGCUGACUGUUUCCCUUCAAGGACUAGUGCACAUGGGGUGGCAGCCGUCUGUAGGUGCAGAUCGAUAGUAGGGUAACGUGCAAAAAUGUCUACGUGACUUGCGCCAUGUUCCGGCUGCAUCGAAAACCCACGUACAAUGCAAAUCAUCGAUGCUCCUUUUCCGUUGUGAUGCAUUACGGGUGUAGCGCGUGUCGUCAUAAUGACCCCCCACCACAGUGACUAAGCUCAAUGAUCCCCCGACGUCAGUGCUUUCUCCAACAAGGGUGCCUCCAGCUGUUGCAAAACUACAACUCCCAGUAUGCCCGGACAGCCGUUGGCUGUCCGGGCAAGCUGGGAGUUGUAGUUUUGCAUCAGCUGGAGGCACCCUGGUUGGAAAGCACUGUCCUACGUAAAGCUCUCCAGAAACUACAAGUCCCAGCAUGCCCUUUGGGGAAAAAGGACCUUGCACAGAAUUAAGCAACUCACUGCUGCACUCUCAUCCUGUAGGGGCGUCCGAGUGACCUGAGCAUCUGAAGCGGCCAUCGCCUCGUACAAGCAUGCAGGUAGCCUCAUAGCUGUAGCAAAAACAAACAAAAAAAAAUCAAAUAAGCUUUAUGAUAUGUUGUGACGUUUGCCGGUGUGCAGUUCUUUUUCUUAUGUGAAUUUUCUGCCUGUCUGCCAUAUCUAUAGCACUAAAAAAACAAAACAAAAAAAAAAAAAUGUUUUACUCUUAUGUGGUUUCUGUGGCUGCAGCAAAUUCACUUUUUAUUUUUUUAUUUUUUUUGGGUUGGAUUAAACUUGAAUGCAAACAGGUAUCUCCCCUACCCCCCCUUUUCCUUUUCCCGAUUCUUCUCUGGUGCAUAUAAAGUAAGCCCUCCCCUCGCUCUGCAAAAAAAAAAAAAAAAAAAAUAUAUCAAUUAAGAAAAAUUAAAAUCCUAUAGCCGAUAAAAAGUCCAUCUGACUUAGUUGAUGAUGUUUCAUAGUUGUAAAUUUGCCUUAAAGUCCAUUUUUAUGUGUGAACUGAAACUGUGAACCAACCUGUCUGUGAUGGAUGCUUAUUGAAUUAAAGGUUAAUUUUCAUGCUCUU